UUAGAAAAUUAUUAAGGAUUUGGGGCCAAGGAGUGAUAAGAUCUGGGUUGAAUAUACAAUUCAUUUAGAGCAAAUAUAUAGGACCUAUUUGGAGCAGGACAAGGUGAGCGAGAAAGACUGGUUCGGGGACAAGUGCAGAGGACCCAGGUAGGAGGUAAUAGGAAGUCUGAGAAGAAAUAAUGGUAGCACUAAAGAGCAUUAAAGAGAAUGAAUAGAGAAACUGAACUAAGAUCACAAUGCAAGACAUUGACUUGCUAAAGAGGAAAAGAAAAUGUGUGAUAUGAGCUGUGAGUUUGAGAAGCUUUCAGGAUGUGAAGGGAAGGCGUUUAGCCAGCACUUGGAAAUUCAGGUCCUGGCAAGAAAGAUACACUCUGUGACACCAUCCACGUGGGAGUGGCUGUUGAGGCCGUGGGACUGAACUAGAUUUGCUGAGGUAGCUGGUGCAGGUAUAGCAGGGGGAGAAGAAAACAUGGGGACACUUACCUUCAAAGAGGACAAUUAGACAGAGAAAGCACGUGAAAAGGAGAGGACAACUGAGAAUAGAAUGCCUAGGAACCUAGGAAGGGGAACGUUUAAAAAAGGGGGAAGCAGCAGGGAGAUGCCAAGGAGGGGUCAGGGAAGGGUAGCUCAAGACGAGAUGAGCCGCUGCAUCUAAAGGCUGCCUUUGACAAGAGACUUUAGUGGAGCUGAGAAUACACAAGUCACCACUCAUGAUAGCAGAGGGUGAGCAGGUGGAGAGCAAGGACGUCAACCUCUGCAAGUUUGAUGGGGGACAUGGAAUGGAAAUGCAUGUGAAGAGGGAAGGACUGUAGGGGAACGGAGCAAAGGAUUCAGGUUUGCAGUUGAAGGAGUUAACAUGGAAACAAGAUGGCGGGCUCAUGAUGAGGCACUGUCAAGGGAUGAGAACUGAUUUUUCCUAGAAGCAGAUUUUAAAAGCAGUGUUUCUUCAAAACAUCUUUUUUUAUAAGUAUCGUGAUACACCAUGGCUGGAGCAGCAAUAAAAUGGGUGAUAUCAAAGAGAAGUAUCUUGAAACAUUUAUUUCCAAUCCAAAAUGGAGCUUUAUAUUGUGUUUAUCAUAAAUCUACAUAUUCUUCUCUACCAGAUGACUAUAAUUGCAAAGUAGAGCUUGCUUUGACAUCUGAUGGCAGGACAAUAGUAUGCUACCAUCCUUCUGUGGACAUUCCAUAUGAACACACAAAACCUAUUCCUCUACCAGAUCCUGUGUGUAAUAAUGAAGAAACACAUGAUCAAGUGCUGAAAACCAGAAUAGCAGAAAAAAGUGAACGCCUUGAACAAGGACCCAUCAUAGAACUUAGCAAAAUGUUGUUUACUACUAAGCGCUGUUGGUAUCCUCAUGGACAGUAUCACACUUGUCGUAAGAAACUGAAUCCUCCAAAGAACAGAUGCUACUGA